GACACAUCUCACCACUCGUCAGGACGACCACGGCCCCGGUGUGUGUCGAGGACCGACUCGUCUGCCGUCGUGUGUCUGCGGGACGUUGACGGAAACCCCUCCCGGUGGUAUCUGUCUCCUCAGGUGUGUUCCGGCCCCGCCCUCCCGUGACCAUAUAGGGGGAACGAGGAGCCCGCGCGCACCUGUGAGCUGACGUCACACGCCGAGAGUACCUGCAGCGACACGUCCAGCUGAACUCACUCAGCCACUGAACGCACCUCCGCGACGCGAGACAAAGGAGCCUCGACGAAGGGAUAUAUACACACAUAUAUAUAUAGAUAUAACAAUUCAUUUCUCCUGUUCGUCCGUUUGAGGAUUAUCGAAGAAGAAGGGAAAAAAAAGGAUUAACACGCAGAUGGGGACCGCUCGGCUCGCGGCUGUGGGCAUUUUAUUCGUCGUGUUCCAGGCCUCGGCUUUAGUCCCCACCAAGGAGCCAAAAUGUGUUCCUGGGUUCGAGUCGGAUGUGUUGACUGUCAGAGUCUUCAGGAAGCACCUGAGGCCAGGCACAAGGCUGGGCAGAGUGGGCUUCACUGACUGCACAAACCGCACAAGAUUUCCUUUCAUCAGCGAUGACAACCGGUUCGUGGUACACAAAGACGGAGUAUUGAUGGCGAAAAGAUUCGUGGGUCUUCACGAAGGACACCUGGACUUCGUCAUCCACUCCUGGGACUCCAGUGGGCACAAAAUUACUGUUCCAGUCAAGGUAGUGCACCGUGGGCAUAAUCAUGGGCAUCAUCAUAGGCAACACCAUGGGGAAAACGAUGGGCAACCCGAGGAGCAACACCAUGGCCAUCACCAUGGGGAAAACGAUGGUCAACCCAAGAAGCAACACCAUGGCCAUCACCAUGGGGAAAAUACGGGGCAACACCAUGGGCAAAACAAGGAGCGUCACCAUGACCAGCACCAUGGGGAAAACAGGGGGCAACACCGUGGGCAAAACAGGGGGCAACACCGUGGGCAAAACAAGGAGCAACACCAUGGGGAAAACAAGAGGCAACACCAGGGGCAACACCAUAAAAAUGUUGAGCGUCACCAUGGAGCGCACAGACUCCAAAAACAUCAGCACCAACUAAAUGAAGUGGACUCUGCUAACAACACAGAGAGUGGAACCACACGACAGGUGCCUGUUCUGAUUUUCCCCAAGUCCAGUGAUGGGCUAAAGAGGAGGAAGAGAGACUGGGUCAUUCCUGACCUCAGUGUUCCUGAGAAUGACAGGGGACCCUAUCCCCUUAAAGUAUCCCAGAUCCGUUCCAAUGAAGAUAAAGUCAAGAAGGUAUUUUACAGCAUCACCGGUCCAGGAGCUGAUCAGCCUCCCGUUGGCCUUUUCACUAUGGACCGGCUCACUGGUAUUCUCUACGCGACAGAGCCACUGGACAGAGAGAAGGUGGCGCGGUACACGUUUCAAGCGCAUGCUGUGGCAGAUGGUUCAGGAAAUGCUGAGGAGCCUAUGGAUAUUAUAGUGAAUGUAAUAGACCAGAAUGACAACAAACCUGCCUUCAAUCAAGAUACCUUCAUUGGACAAAUUGCUGAGGCCUCACCUAGAGGUACCGAGGUGAUCACAGUUGUCGCCAUAGAUAUUGACGAGCCGGGUAAUGCCAACUCAGAUGUUCGCUACACUAUUUUGAGCCAGGAUCCAGUUUUGCCCAGUAGCCCAUUGUUUGAGAUCAACCCAGUCACCGGAGCCAUCCGAGUCAAUGCUGGUGGCCUAGACAGAGAGAAAUACCCAAAGUACACUCUGGUGGUACAGGCGGCAGACAUGGUAGGAGAAGGAUUGGUUGCAAGUACCAAAGUAAUCCUGACUGUAACAGACAGCAACGACAACGCUCCGAAGUUCACUCAGCCAUCCUACGAGGCAUCAGUAGCGGAAAACAAAGUGGACGCUCUGGUCAUCACGAUGGCAGUGACAGACGGCGAUGAGCCACAUUCCCCGGCCUGGAACGCCAAGUUCAAGAUUGUUGAUGGUGAUUCCGCAGGCAUGUUCACCGUCAAAACAGGACUUAACAAACAGGAGGGGAUCAUUACAACAGCCAAGGGUCUCGACUUUGAGAUGAUCAAAACGUACACUCUGAUGGUUGCCGUGGAGAACGACAUUCCGUUUGCUACCCUCCUGACCACUUCCACCGCCACAGUGCUGGUGAACGUGCUGGAUGUCAACGAAGCUCCGAUCUUUGAGCCGGUGGAGAAGUUUGUGGUGAAACGCGAGGACCUUGCGGUAGACAGCGAUGUGGUGCAGUACACCGCAUCGGACCCAGACUACGCACGCAAUCAGAUUGUCAUGUAUAAAAUAAUUAGUGACCCUGCUGGUUGGCUUAACGUAGCCAAGGAAACGGGCCUGAUCAAGGUGAAAAGCACGAUGGACAGAGAGUCCCACUUUGUCAAGGACAACAAAUACACGGCACUCAUUGGUGCAUAUGACAGCGAUGACGUCCCAGCCACAGGAACUGGUACUCUGGUCAUACAGCUUGAAGACGUUAAUGACAACGCACCCAUCGUCUUGGAACGUACCCUAACGGUUUGUAAGAAGGAGUCGGCUCCUCAGCUGCUUUCAGUAUCGGAUAAAGAUGGACCGGGCUUUGCUGCUCCGUACAGCGUCACUUUACAGGGCAUGUCCGGGACCAACUGGACCGCUCGGAUGAACGAGUCCAAAACGGGCAUCAUCCUAAAUUUGGCCACAGACCUGGAUAUCGGAGUGUACAAUGUGGUCCUGAGGGUCGCAGACAACCAGGGCCUGUCGCAGGACAACACCGUCCAGACCAAAGUGUGUGACUGCACUGGCACAGACGUGUCCUGCCAAGGGCGGAUUGCAGGUGGCACCAGCCUGCCCAUGAUUCUGGGAAUACUGGGAGGCAUCCUGUUGCUGCUCAUGCUGGUGCUGCUGCUGCUGCUGUUUGCGAGACGAAGAGGAGGAGAAAAGAAGGAGCCUCUGCUGCAGGACGACGAUAUCAGAGACAACAUCUACUACUAUGACGAAGAGGGAGGCGGCGAGGACGAUCAGGACUAUGACCUGAGUGUUCUCCACCGUGGUCUGGACAACCGGCCCGACGUGUUCAGGAACGACGUGUUGCCCAACUUCAUGCCGGCUCCUCAGUACCGGCCUCGUCCCGCCAAUCCAGACGAGAUCGGCAACUUCAUCGAUGAUAACCUGAAGGCAGCCGACAACGACCCGACAGCGCCCCCCUACGACUCCCUGCUGGUGUUCGACUACGAGGGCGGCGGCUCCGACGCAGGCAGCCUCUCCUCUCUGAACUCGUCGAGCAGCGGGGACCAGGACUACGACUGCCUCGGCGACUGGGGACCCCGCUUCAAGAAACUGGCCGACAUGUACGGCGGCGGCGAGGACGACGACAUGCUGUAAACGUACCAAAGAAUAAACGGAUGUGUAAAGGUGCAUGCACGUAUGGCUGCGUGAAUGUUGGAUCGAUGUGAGCAUGAACGGAUGAAUGAAUGCGUCCCAGGGAAACGUCUCUCAGCCAGACACGAGUCAGGUCUCAAAUGUUUUUCUUUGUGGAUUGUGGUUUACCUUUCAGUGCCGUCCAAUCAGUCGGUAGCAGCCACUGCUCAAAAGCCAGAGGAUGUUGGGUUUGUUUUUGUUUUUGUACAGGAGUCCCCCAUUUUGAAGGGUUACGCUCAGUUUGUCUUGUCUUUUAGAUCCCUGUUUGACUUCUAGACUAAAGACUAAAUCUGCUUUUGUUUAUUUUCUGUUCUGGAGCCACAUCUUCAGUCUGAACGUGGAUUUAUGGAUUUGGAUAUUUUAGCCUGUCGUUAAACGCUGGGUGACACUGGACACACACACAUACACACACACGGACACUCGCUGUUGCACUGUUAAUGUGUGUGGAAGUUUGGCAAUGUAUGGUACUUUACAGUUUUUCAGUUUUUCUGUGUAGUUUGCACUACUGCUACAGUUACAUGUGAUAGUUUUGUAUUUCUGUUUGAGUAAUUAAAUUUCAAAUGAUCAAGAUGAAAUCCAGGUGGCCAGCCACCAUGACGUCAGUCUCUGAGGGUGUGGUCAAUGAGUUAUCAGUGAAUGCUUCUUUUUUCUUUUUUUUUUAAAUGAUUGACAAGGAUCUGUUCAAUAGACAUCUUUAUUAUAUUGCAAUGUCAAACACUUUUUUGUAGUUAACUCCAAAGAUACUUUAUUACACACUGUUGAUUUUGAAUUUUUAUAAAAUGUCUUAAUACAA